AUGAGAGACAAUGAGAGAUGGGAAGAGAAAGGAGGGGAUCUGGGAGGGGAUCUAGAUCCCUCCUUAUCCCUCUCACAUUGCACUUCACCCCUCUCAUUGUCUCUCCCUCUCUUUUUCUUCUUGUUUGGUAAAUCGUGGUCUUCUGAUCUUCUCUUUCUUCCACCUCUCCUUCCCCCCAUCCCCUCCGUCUCCCCUUUCUUCCUCCCUACUCCUUCUGCUGCUGCCGCUGCCGCUCUGCCGCUGCUGCCGCCGCCACUGCCACUGCCUCGUGCUGUUGCUGGUGCUGCUGUCGCUGCUGCUGCUGGUGCCCCCGCUGCUGCCGCCACUGCUUCUAUUCUUGCUGACGCUGGCUAA